AUGGCCGAAGAGAAGGCAGUCGGCGCGCCUGCGCUCGACACCAACAUCGAGACUGGCGGCUUCGAUGAGAAGCGAGGACAAGCUCCCGCUACCCACAACCCCAAGGCUCCCGUCGCCGAGGAUGAGGAGCCCGAUGAGGACAUGGACGCCCUGAUCGAGGACCUCGAGUCCGAGGACGGCCACGAGAUCGACGACGAAGAGGAGGCCACUCCCGGUGGUGGACGUGUCGUCCCUGAAGACCAGCUCCAGACUGACUCUCGUGUCGGUUUAACUGAAGCAGAGGUUAUCGCACGCAGAAAGAAGUGGGGCCUCAACGCAAUGAAAGAAGAAAGAGAGAACAUGAUUCUCAAGUUCCUCAUGUUCUUCGUUGGCCCAAUUCAGUUUGUGAUGGAAGCUGCCGCUGUUUUGGCUGCUGGACUUGAGGACUGGAUCGACUUUGGCGUUAUCUGCGCUCUCUUGCUUCUUAACGCUUGUGUUGGAUUUAUUCAGGAGUAUCAAGCUGGCAGUAUCGUGGAAGAGCUGAAGAAGACUCUUGCUCUCAAGGCUGUUGUCCUCCGUGACGGUACUCUCAAGGAGAUCGAGGCCCCUGAGGUCGUUCCCGGUGAUAUCCUUCAAGUUGAGGAAGGUACUAUCAUUCCUGCUGAUGGUCGUUUCGUCACCGAGGGCUGCUUCUGCCAGGUUGAUCAGUCUGCCAUCACCGGAGAGUCUCUCGCCGUCGACAAGCACCACGGUGACAACUGUUACGCUUCUUCCGCUGUCAAGCGUGGUGAGGCUUUCGUUAUCGUUACUGCCACUGGUGACAACACCUUCGUCGGCCGUGCCGCUGCUCUCGUCUCUCAGUCUGCUGGUGGCACUGGUCACUUCACUGAGGUUCUCAACGGAAUUGGAACCAUUUUACUUGUUCUUGUUGUUGCCACUCUCUUGAUCGUUUGGGUCUCUUCCUUCUACAGAUCUAACGGCAUCGUUGACAUCCUCCGUUUCACUCUUGCCAUUACCAUUGUCGGUGUCCCUGUCGGUCUUCCCGCUGUCGUCACUACCACCAUGGCUGUCGGUGCCGCCUACCUCGCCAAGAAGCAGGCCAUCGUCCAGAAGCUCUCCGCCAUCGAGUCCCUUGCUGGUGUUGAGAUUCUCUGCUCUGACAAGACCGGUACUUUGACCAAGAACAAGCUUUCUCUCGCUGAGCCUUUCUGUGUUGCUGGUGUUGAGCCCGAUGACCUGAUGCUUACUGCUUGUUUGGCUGCUUCCCGCAAGAAGAAAGGUAUUGAUGCUAUCGACAAGGCUUUCCUCAAGGCUCUCAAGUUCUACCCCCGCGCCAAGGGUGUUCUGUCCAAGUACAAGGUUCUUGACUUCCACCCCUUCGACCCCGUCUCCAAGAAGGUCCAGGCUGUUGUCGAGUCCCCCCAGGGCGAGCGUAUCAUCUGUGUCAAGGGUGCCCCACUUUUCGUGUUGAAGACCGUUGAGGAGGACCACCCAAUCCCUGAGGAAGUUGACUCUGCCUACAAGAACUGUGUCGCGGAAUUCGCAACUCGUGGCUUCCGAUCUCUUGGUGUUGCUCGCAAGCGAGGUGAGGGUGCUUGGGAGAUUCUCGGAAUCAUGCCUUGCUCUGACCCUCCUCGCCACGACACUGCCCGCACUAUCAACGAGGCCAAGCGCCUUGGUCUCUCCAUCAAGAUGCUUACUGGUGACGCCGUCGGUAUUGCCCGUGAGACUUCUCGUCAGCUCGGUCUCGGUACCAACGUCUACAACGCUGAGCGCCUCGGUCUUGGUGGUGGUGGUGAUAUGCCCGGUUCUGAGGUUUACGAUUUCGUUGAGGCUGCCGAUGGUUUCGCUGAGGUCUUCCCCCAGCACAAGUACAACGUCGUCGAGAUUCUCCAGCAGCGUGGUUACCUUGUUGCUAUGACUGGUGAUGGUGUCAACGAUGCUCCCUCUCUGAAGAAGGCUGAUACCGGCAUUGCUGUCGAGGGUGCCUCCGAUGCCGCCCGAUCUGCCUCCGAUAUCGUCUUCCUUGCUCCUGGCUUAGGGGCGAUAAUUGACGCCCUAAAAACUAGUCGCCAGAUCUUCCAUCGAAUGUACGCCUACGUUGUCUACCGUAUCGCUCUCUCUCUGCACAUGGAGAUUUUCCUUGGUCUCUGGAUCGCCAUCCUCAACCGAUCUCUCAACAUUGAGCUCGUUGUCUUCAUUGCCAUCUUCGCCGAUAUUGCCACCCUCGCUAUCGCCUACGACAACGCUCCCUUCUCCCAGACUCCUGUCAAGUGGAACCUCCCUAAGCUCUGGGGUAUGUCUGUUCUUCUCGGUGUUGUCCUGGCUGUUGGUACCUGGAUCGCUCUUACCACCAUGUACGCCAACUCUGAGGAUGGUGGUAUCGUCCAGAACUUCGGUAAGAUCGACGAGGUUCUCUUCCUCGAGAUCUCUCUUACUGAGAACUGGCUGAUCUUCAUCACCCGUGCCAACGGUCCCUUCUGGUCUUCCAUUCCCUCUUGGCAGCUUUCCGGCGCCAUCCUGGUCGUCGAUAUCCUCGCCACCCUCUUCUGUAUCUUCGGUUGGUUCGUUGGUGGCCAGACCAGCAUUGUCGCUGUUGUCCGUAUCUGGAUCUUCUCUUUCGGUGUCUUCUGUGUCAUGGGUGGUCUGUACUACUUCAUGCAGGGCAGCACUGGCUUCGACAACCUCAUGCACGGAAAGUCUCCCAAGCAGAACCAGAAGCAGCGAUCCCUCGAGGAUUUCGUUGUCUCUCUUCAGCGUGUCUCUACCCAGCACGAGAAGUCUCAGUAA